UUUCCUCUUUUUUUCCCUGUAAAUCAUACCAUUUCCUUCCGAAAUAAGUGUUAAAGUGAAGUUUCGCCGGUAGUGCAUCCGGUUGAGGUGAGAUUAUACGAAAAAGUGUAAAGUUGGACUGGUAAAAGCGAUUGAAAAAUCUUCCCAUCUGACGUCCGUCGAUUGGUUUGUCAUCCAUUUUUCUUCGUGUUCGGCCGCUGAGUUGUGUUUCCUCCCUCUCUUUCCUCUUCGCUACGCGAUUGCUCCCUCAAACAGAUGUAAACAAACCCACAGUCUGGUAAAUGGGAAGUAAAGGCUUGCCACAGUCAGCCGGUUUGUUUUCAUUUCUUUGCGAUUUUGUUUUGUGAAGCCCAUCUUGCGUAUGGAUUCGCUGUUUGCAUAAAUUAUUUAGGUCGUUUAGCUCUGAUUACAAAGUAUCGCAGUGGAACAGUUUAACAGUGAAGCCCUAGCUCAGUAGCUAAGCGAGAUGGCUCAGGAGAAGAUUACCCUGGCCGAUGCUCUUUCCAACGUGGAAGUGUUGGACGAGUUGCCCCUGCCGGAUGAGCAGCCCUGCAUCGAAGCCCAACCGUGUUCGGUGGUUUAUCAGGCCAAUUUUGAUACGAACUUUGAGGAUCGUAACGGGUUUGUCACCGGGAUUGCCAAAUACAUUGAGGAAGCUACCACGCAUGCGAAUUUGAAUCAACUGCUAGUUGAAGGCCAGAAGCAUGCCGUCAUGCUGUACACGUGGCGUUGCUGUUCACGUGCAAUUCCACAGCCGAAAUCUAACGAGCAGCCGAAUCGAGUUGAAAUCUACGAGAAAACUGUUGAAGUCCUCGCUCCGGAGGUGAACAAACUUUUGAACUUUAUGUAUUUCCAACGCAAAGCGAUUGAAGCAUUUUCCGGUGAGGUGAAACGUCUUUGUCAUGCCGAAAAGCGAAAAGAUUUUGUCUCCGAAGCUUAUCUACUGACGUUGGGUAAAUUUAUCAACAUGUUUGCCGUGCUGGAUGAGCUAAAGAACAUGAAGUCGAGCGUGAAGAAUGAUUACAGUACCUAUCGACGGGCAGCGCAGUUUCUGAAAGUUAUGAGCGAUUCACACACGCUGCAGGAAUCGCAGAACUUGUCGAUGUUUUUGGCUACGCAAAAUAAGAUUCGAGAUACCGUCAAAGAUACACUGGAGAAAAUUACCGGCUACGAGGAUCUGCUCUCAGAUGUGGUCAACAUUUGCGUUCACAUGUACGAGUCGAAGAUGUACAUGACACCCGAAGAGAAGCACAUGUUGGUUAAAGUGAUGGGCUUUGGACUGUUUCUGAUGGAUUCGGAAAUUUGCAACAUUAAUAAGUUGGACCAGAAGAAGAAACUCCGGCUGGAUAGGAUUGAUAGAAUCUUCAAAAACUUGGAAGUAGUGCCACUUUUUGGUGACAUGCAAAUUGCACCGUUCAAUUACAUCAAGCGGAGCAAGCAUUUCGACCCGAGCAAGUGGCCGCUGUCGAGCUCGCAGGCCAUCAGUCCGCAGGCUGAUUUGAUGGUACAUUUGCCUACGAUUCGGGAGGAUCAUGUGAAGUACAUCUCGGAACUGUCGCGCUAUAGCAAUGAAGUGACGACCACUUAUAAGGAUAAUGCUACUGAUAGUGAAAAUAGAGCGACAGCUGAUCUCGCUCUACGUGGAUUGCAACUGCUUGCCGAGUGGACCUCGGUUGUCACCGAAUUGUACUCGUGGAAGCUGUUGCAUCCAACCGAUCACCAUCAGAAUAAAGAAUGUCCUGUGGAAGCGGAAGAGUACGAGCGUGCCACACGAUAUAACUACUCAGAUGACGAGAAAUUCGCUCUAAUCGAGGUGAUCGCUAUGAUUAAGGGACUUCAGGUGUUGAUGGCUCGAAUCGAAACAGUUUUGUGUGAAGCGAUUCGUCGUAGCAUUUACUCGGAACUGCAAGAUUUCGUGCAACUGAUGUUACGUGAACCACUGCGAAAGGCGGUGAAAAACAAAAAGGAUCUUAUUCGAUCGAUUAUUACGGCCGUACGGGAAACUUCAGCCGACUGGCAGAAAGGUACGGAACCGUCGAACGAUCCGGCUAUCAAAGGCAAAAAGGAUCCGGACGGUGGUUUUUUGAUAAACGUGCCACGGUUGAACGUUGGACCGUCAUCCACGCAGCUGUACAUGGUACGAACGAUGCUGGAGUCGUUGAUUGCCGAUAAAUCCGGUGGUAAGAGAACCCUGCGCAAGGAUAUCGACGGAGCUUGCCUGGUGCAAAUCGAUGCGUUCCACAAGAUGUCGUUUUACUGGACCUAUUUGCUGAGCUUCAGCGAAACGCUGCAGAAGUGCUGCGAUUUGUCCCAGCUGUGGUAUAGGGAGUUCUACCUGGAAAUGACGAUGGGACGCAAAGUUAAUAAAUGCACCGUUCGCCACCAGCACAACGAAGAAUGCAACGACCUGAUCACGAUGGAGAAGCGCAUCCAGUUUCCGAUCGAGAUGUCAAUGCCGUGGAUUCUGACGGAUCACAUCCUCCGUACCAAGGAGCCAUCGAUGAUGGAGUACGUCCUGUACCCGCUGGAUUUGUACAACGAUUCCGCGCUGUACGCGUUGACCAUCUUCCGCAAGCAGUUUCUGUACGACGAAGUGGAAGCCGAAGUCAAUCUGUGCUUCGAUCAGUUCGUGUAUAAGCUGAGUGAGCAGGUGUUUGCGCACUACAAACAGCUGGCGGGCAGUAUCUAUCUGGACAAGCGCUUCCGGGUGGAAUGCGAGGUGCUGGGUUUUAACUUCCAGUCCCAUCCAAAAAAUAAUCGCUACGAAACGCUGCUGAAGCAAAGACACGUUCAGCUGCUGGGCAGGUCAAUUGAUUUGAACAAGCUUAUCACCCAGCGCAUCAAUGCGGAUAUGCAGAAAAGCUUGGAGCUUGCCAUCUGUCGCUUCGAAGCUAGCGAUAUUACUGGCGUGGUUGAGUUGGAGGCACUUUUGGCGGUUAACAAACUGUGCCACAAGCUGUUGUCUAGAUUCUUGGCUUUGGACGAUUUUGACGCAAUGUUAAAGGAAGCUAAUCAUAACGUUUUAGCGCCAUACGGGCGCGUUACUCUGCACGUUUUCGUAGAAUUGAAUUACGAUUUUCUCUCUAACUAUUGCUAUAACGCUGCAACGAAUCGAUUCGUUCGGAACAAACUGCAGAUUCCGUUCUCGGGGGCCAUCACCCGGGAGAAAGCUCCGGUCAUGUCUCACUAUUAUUUGUGGGGUUCGAAACCGUUGAAUGCUGCAUUUUCCACACAGUACGGCCAGUACACGGGAUUCGUUGGUUCGCCGCACUUCCACGCCAUCUGUCGGCUGCUUGGAUAUCAAGGAAUUGCCGUCGUGAUGGACAUAAUUUUGAAGGAUAUUGUGAAGCCACUGAUUCAAGGAAAUUUGCUUCAAUUCACCAAAACUCUGAUGUCCGCAAUGCCAAAAUCUUGCAAACUGCCACGUUGCGACUAUGGAUCACCCGGUGUGCUUAGUUACUAUCAGGCGCAUCUGGUUGAUAUCGUUCAGUACCCGGAUGCGAAAACUGAACUGUUUCAGCUGUUCCGUGAGAUGGGAAAUUCACUGCUGUUCUGUUUGCUGAUCGAGCAAGCUCUCUCGCAGGAGGAGGUGUGUGAUUUGCUGCAUGCAGCACCCUUCCAGAAUAUUCUGCCUCGUCCGUAUUGCAAGGAGGGCGAGAAACCGGAAACCAAACAGAAACGGCUCGAGGCAAAGUAUGCUUCGCUGCAAAUCGUGCCGAACAUUGAGAAGCUGGGAACGGCUAAGCAAACCAUGAUUGCACGCGAAGGAGACUUGCUGACUCGUGAACGGCUCUGUUGUGGUUUGAGCAUAUUCGAGGUUAUUCUUGGACGAGUGAAAUCCUUCCUGGAUGAUCCGGUUUGGGCUGGUCCUCCACCUGUGAAUGGAGUAAUGCACAUCGAUGAGUGUUCGGAAUUCCAUCGACUUUGGUCGGCGUUGCAGUUUGUGUACUGUAUCCCGGUGGCAGGCACCGAGUACACUGUUGAGGAACUUUUUGGCGAAGGACUGCAUUGGGCGGGAUGUGCAAUCAUUGUUCUGCUAAAUCAACAGCGAAAGUUUGAGGCGCUCGAUUUUUGCUACCAUAUUUUGCGUGUUCAACGGGUCGACGGAAAGGAUGACACCGUGAAGGGCAUUAACCUCAAACGCAUGGUGGACCGCAUCCGUCGCUUCCAGGUGCUAAACUCACAGAUCUUUGCGAUACUGAACAAGUACCUCAAGAGUAACGAUGUUGAAGGCUCGAACGUGGAACAUGUACGCUGCUUUCCACCGCCACCGCAUCCCACGGUGGUCCCUUCGCAUUACCACGAUCCGAACAAACUGCGUGCGCAGUAAGAUUCAUCCCGUUUCUCACUCUAACUGUAAGAUCAACACCCUUUGCGUAUAGUUUCAAGUAACGCCUACAAACAGUAACGUUUUCGCUUCCCACUCAGCGAGUGGGAAGGACAUUUAUUUUGUUUAUAUUUUAGUUGUAAUUUUAAAGAUAUUUAUUUUCAUAUAGUUAUUCCAUGUUUGGAUUUAUAUAUCAAAUUAAUCAAAGAUAUAUGUUAAUUCGCUGCCGCAAGGACAAAAUCAUUUCGAAUGGUAAUUACAAACAAUUUAGAAUAGUGACCACGCUUUUUGAAAGUGUGUGUGUCGAUUGCAUUUUUGCAAUAUAUUAGAUAAGGUGGAACUAUUGUAACGCUCAGCUCGUUCCGAUAAGUGUUAUAAGUGCAGUGAAUUUACGCCUCACUUAUGGUUUACUGUGGCCUCCUCAUGGUCGUAAUAUUGCAGCGAAUAAUUUUUAGUUGAGGUGGAAACAAUUUAGUGUGGCUUACGUAUAAGUGAAGCAGUAUUCAGUUUCUUUAAGAAUACAGUUCAAGAAAUAGUGCAGGAACGUAGAAUAGAUCGGGGAAUGUUUAACUCAGUCAGCAAAACAAAUCUUCUUUGAACAAUCUACUCAAACUAGUUGCGUUCCCAAGUUUUGGAUGGUAUUGACGUUUUACUGCAUUUGACGAUUCGGAAAAUACGCAUUAUUUUAAUUUUAAUUUGCUUAUCAAGCUGGUAGGUUUUCAGAAAUGCGCGUGGAAUAGUUUUCAUUUGUCACUCGAUUCAAGCAAAUUGAAGCUGGGUUGGAUCUUCCACGUCGAGGAUCAAGAUCUAUGACUUCAUUGUACUGUACUGAAAACUCGAUCAUUGAGAUAAGAAUCGGUUUCGGAUUUCCAAAAUUGUCUACGUCGAAAUACUCCAAAUGAGCGUUAGGCCACACCGAUUAGUGUUCGCCGUCAACUGUAGGGUCUAAUUAAGAACUCCUGAUUUACAAGUAACGGAAUCCAACAAUAAAAACAAUAAACAAGAUAACACCAAGAACAUGUGAAAAUAAGUACCACAACUUUACAAUUCAAAUACAUUUAUUGGCUUUCGGUACAAAAAAAAAAACGCAUUACUGCAUGUUUACGUAUCCAGGACUGCAGCACGAAGCUCUAAUAAGUAAAAAUUCCUGUGUACCAAAGCGCUGAGUUUGUAUCAGAAAUAAUGACAUUUAAAAUCAUUCAACAUAAUUCAUACACCACAAUUUCAUCCAAUAAACCUAGGAAAUACGCUACUGGAGAUAUGAUACAAAAAAUAAA